AAUUUCAGCGCGUCCUUCUCAGACCGCGCUUGCACACACUGCUCGGCGCACCCUCCUCACAUGCCAAAAAUAACCCCCGACCCCGACAUUUCUAUCCGAGGUUUUAACAGGGCGCAUUCGACCCAAUGGCCCAAUCCGUCCAAGUAGAGGGGAACACUUCAGAGGGGACGCUGAUAAAGUGGAAGUGCCCGCCUCAAAGGUGGGUCAGGAGGGGACAAGUGCUCGCCGAAUGCGUCCCGUCGUCACAAAAAAUCUGCGCACCCAUCGACGGCAAAAUAACCGACAUCCUUGUGCAAGACGGAGAACCAAUUUUCGAAGGCAAGGUUGUCGCGCGUAUUCAACCAUGUGACCAUCACUUCGGCUUUCUGGGCCCGUUAUGCGUCAUAUGUGGACAGGACCUCUCCCACGAACUCCACGGACGCACACUUUCAGAAGUUAUCCACCCGCUUGACAGCGACUUCCGACUGGAAAAAGACGUCGCGCAACGCCACUUCGAAAAACACAAGGACGAACUUCUGAGUCAAAACCGCCUGAUCUUAAUGCUCGACCUAGACCAGACCCUGCUCCACGCCACAACCCUGGGCACCUCGAACAUAGAAUACAAAGACAUCCAAGAGCUCGUCAAACGGGGCAUCCACGUCAUCACGCUCUCAGGGACUAAAGAAAACCUACUUGUCAAAUUCCGACCAGGACUGAAACAAUUCCUCCUACAUAUUCACAAACUGUACGAGAUCUACAUCUGCACGCUCGGAAACCUGAGAUACGCGCAGUGCGUCGUGGAUCUCAUCCUCAAAUACGUCCUGGAUGACGUCCACAGCUCCAUCAAGGACUGCAUCUUCUCGAACCGUAUCAUCACCAGAAACCACAUGGAAGAUUCUAUCACGUGCAACCAUCAAGGCCAAGAUAAUUCAGAAAAUGCAGCGGAUUGCGCUAGACGCCCGCCCAUGUUGAUCAAGGACCUGCGCAGACUCGUCUCGGACGACUCGAUCGUCGUGAUUCUGGACGACUCCGAAGAAGUCUGGCCCGGAUAUUCGGAUCACCUGGUCAACUUGGAAAAAUUCGUCUUUUUUUCCACGAAACUCGAUCUAAACAAGACGUUUCACGCCGUUGUCGGAAACGUGAAAAAAAGGGUGAUGGAAUUCACGGACAACUACUAUCCAGAAAACCCGAAACGAAUGAGCAAGGCGGACGACCAGAUCCUCGAAAAACCGGCGUCCGAGGACGCCGAGUCGAACAUGCCCCUGGUCACCAGCGUAGACAUAACUAGUUCGAACGAGGUCCUCGACGUGAACGUCAACAAGCCCAGCAGUCAAGGUGCCCCGCCAGAAUCUCUCCAAAAUAAAGGCGCGUCGGCUCGGCCAGUAGACCGACUUUUCGAAGACGGCCCAUGCGAGGUGCUGCACGACCGCCCGUCCCCCAGACAGUCCGAUCUACAGGUGCUGCACCCUUUCGAUCUGAAGUACCUUCCCUCGUCCGAUCUAGACCAGGUGCUCUGGUACAUGACGCGUACGUUGGAGACCGUCAACCGAUGCUUCUUCUCAAUCAAGUCCGCGAAGAGGAAGACAAUCAAAUACCUGCUGCCGAAAGUGAGGAGGGGCGUCCUGUCCGGCGCGUCGGUCUACCUGAACAUGUUGCCCCCGCCCAGCAUCGGCUCUAUGCGCAAGCUCGCCAAAAGCUUCGGCGCUCAACGCGCAAAAAAAAUCUCCGAAGCCACCCACAUCGUCCUGAGACAGGACUACCACCCCAGCCAAAUCAAGGAGGUGCCCGCCCAUCUGCGACACACGCUGGUCGACGUCCUUUGGCUGGUCGACUCUGUCAAGAGGUGGUGCUGGCAAGACGAAGUGCCGUACAGGCUCGAGCCGUCCGGCAGCGCCGACUCCGAGAUGGCAACCAAGCGUGACAUAGUGAUCGAGCCGGAAACCGAGUCCAGCCUCGAUAGCUCUACCGACGAAAUCAUAGCAAAAUUGGAGCACGAACUGUCAGAGGAAGGGUAAACUUUUUGUUAAAAAAAAAAAAAAAAAAAAAAGAAGGCUGCGUACGCACAAUUCGUAGACAACAAACAAACCGCGGAUCUUAAAAAA